AUGGCCAGCGACAAGCAGCUCUCAGCACUCGUUCUCAUCGCAGAUGGCUCCGAGGAGAUCGAGACGGUAACCCCCCUGGAUGUCUUGGUACGAGCCGGAUUUGCAACAGUCAAAUCUGUGGGUGUCAACCUUAAGAAUCCUCUUUACGCCGAAUGCUCCCGCGGAAUCAAGAUCAUCCCUGAUAUCCCAUCACCACACGAGAUUCCUGAUCGUCUCGUCGAUGCGGCAGACAUUCUGAUCCUACCAGGAGGCGCACCCGGAGCCAAAACCUUCUGUCAGAGCGAGGAAGUUCUACGCCUGAUUCGCGAGUUUCGAAACGAAGGGAAAUGGGUGGCAGCAAUCUGUGCCGGAACCACAGCGCUGGUCGAGAGUGUCAAAUCGCUACGUGCUGAGGGCGAGGCUGCUAAGAAGUGCAAGGUCACAUCGCACCCGUCAGUCAAGCAGGAGAUUGUCGAUGCCGGCUGGAGCUACGCGGACGAUCAUGAAAGAGUUGUGGUUGACGGCAAGAUCAUCACAAGCAGAGGCCCUGGUACUGCAUUGCUCUUCUCGUUGACAAUUGUCGAAAACUUGGCCGGCAAGGCGAAGAGGGACGAGAUCCAAGGACCAAUGAUGUGCGCCGAGGCCCUGUGA